GAGUGUUUAUUAUAAAGCAGAAAAUAUUAAUUCCUCCCUUCGCCGUGGGCCGUGACGUCAGAACAGGAAGUCAUCGUGGAGGAACACCGGAGCAAUUAGCGGCAAAAAGGGGAGAGCCUGAAGUGGAGGAGUCAGCUUCAUGUAUAUCUCUCUGUGCGCCUCAACUUUUAGCACAAAGUUCAGAAUCCAAAGAGAAAAAAGGCACGCGGAGCGGCGCGCGCUGCUUCCUGCGCUCGGUCUGAAUGUAACGUUGUGGAGCAUCUGUGUGGAUUUUCUGCAUCUUUAUUUCUCACGUCUCCUUCUUCCUUUUUGUGAAAACAUCCGACAGAGCUGAUCAUCUUUUCCUCCUUGAGGUUGAGUGUUUAUUCGCGGUGGGGGCAAGCCCCUCACUGGUGGCAUGACGGCUCCAGCCCUCCUUUAACAUGGAAGCUUCCUGCGGGUCCAGUUUUGGGAUUGACACCAUUUUAUCCGGCGCCUCGAACUCUGGACACCCCGCACUCAUGAACGGAGACUUCCGGCUCGCGGACAGGACAGCGGACUUCAGGAGCCAGACCCCCCCGUCGCCAUGCUCGGACAUAGACACGGUGGGAACGGGCCCCUCGUCCCCCAUCUCCGUCACCAUGGAGCGCGCCGUGGACUCGCAGAUGGUCCAGGACAGCCUGCAGCAUCUCCAGCAUCAUCAGCAGCAGCUAGCAGGGGCCGGGGGGGCCGGCUGCGCCCCCAGGACUGCCACCUCCUCGUUUCUAAUCAAAGACAUUCUGGGGGACAGCAAACCGCUGGCUGCAUGCGCACCUUACAGCACGAGCGUCCCGUCGCCGCAUCUCACACCCAAACCAGAAAGUGCCACGGCUCCGGACGGGUUCAGGCCCAAACUGGAGCAGGAGGAGAGCAGGAGCAAGCUGGACCCGAGGGAGGACAUCCACAGUGACAUGAAAUGCAACGGUGCUAAAGAGGAAGGUGACAGGGAAAUCUCCAGCAGCAGAGACAGUCCGCCAGCGCGCACGAAAAAACCGCGCAAAGCCCGAACCGCGUUCACGGACCACCAGCUGAACCAGCUGGAGCGCAGCUUCGAGCGGCAGAAAUACCUCAGCGUGCAGGACCGCAUGGACCUGGCAGCGGCCCUCAACCUGACCGACACCCAGGUCAAGACCUGGUACCAGAACAGACGGACCAAGUGGAAGAGGCAGACGGCCGUGGGUCUGGAGCUCCUGGCCGAGGCGGGGAACUACUCGGCCCUGCAGAGAAUGUUCCCGUCGCCCUACUUUUACCACCCGAGCCUGCUCGGGACCGUGGACAGCACCACGGCGGCCGCGGCGGCCGCGGCCAUGUACAGCAGCAUGUACCGGACUCCCUCAGCGCCCCACCCCGGCCUCCAGAGACCUCUGGUCCCGAGGGUGCUCAUUCACGGCCUCGGGCCGGGGGGGCAACCGGCGCUAAACCCCCUGCCCGGCACGCCGCACCCGCGGUAAGCCCCUAAAUAACCCUAACUGCAUGGGGAGCACUUUGCAGGACAUCCCCCCUCCCUCACAGAGAGACUGAGACUAAAGGAGGUUUUUAAUGUCGGCCCUGAAGACCCGGUCCGGGUCCGGACACACUGGACUCUGCUCAUGUUGUUUGUUUGUUUGUCUUUUGUACAAAAACUGACUUUAGCACAUAAACUGAAAGUUUAUUAGAUGGAGAAGAAUGAAUGAAUAAAGACGUCAUGAGACUA